CGGCAAGGCAAGAAAUCAACAAACGAGUAUAGAGACCUUUUAACAAAGUGCGUCACUUUCUCUUAUUAUAAGUUGUCACCAACUACACAGAACCAAGAGAGAAGAAAAAUAAAGCCAUCCUAAUCAAACGUCGACGUUUUGUAAAAAUCUCUUUCGAUGCAGAGCCCGUCUCUGGACUUUAAUCGACUUGAGGUUUUGUCAUUACUUGGUCGUGGUGCUAAAGGAGCUGUCUUCUUGGUGAGAGACAAAGACGAUGACAAGUUAUUUGCUUUGAAAGUUAUACUUAGAGAAGCAAUCGAGAAGAAGAAGAAGAAGAACGAUGAGUAUAAGCGCGUUAGUUUCGAGCAGGAAGUAUUAAGCAGAUUCGAUCAUCCUCUUUUUCCUUCUCUUCACGGUGUAUUAUCAACAGAUAAAGUAAUCGGUUACGCAAUCGAUUAUUGUCCCGGACGGAAUCUCAAUUCUCUAAGGAUUAUGCAAUCGGAAAGUAUGUUCUCCGAUGAGAUUAUCAGGUUUUACGCGGCGGAGCUUGUUCUAGCGUUUGAUUAUUUGCAUAAUCAAGGAAUCAUGUACAGAGAUCUGAAGCCGGACAAUGUGAUGAUUCAGGAGAAUGGACAUUUGAUGCUCGUGGAUUUUGAUCUAUCAACGAAUCUCCCUCCGAGAACGCCGCAUCCGUCGCCGUCACCGUCACAAUCAUCGGGAGAAAAACCGUCGCCGGCGAGGAGGAGAAAGAAACGUCCCUUCCGAUUCGUAAGUUUCUGCAAUUCGGGAAUCUCGCCGGGGGAAGAAGAAUCGAAUUCGGUUCGCUCAUUAGCCGCGACGGAUUCGUCACGAGGAGGAGAAAAAUCGAAUUCCUUCGUUGGAACAGAGGAAUACGUCGCGCCGGAGGUUAUUACCGGAGGCGGUCACAAUUUCGCCGUCGAUUGGUGGUCGUUAGGUGUGGUUCUAUACGAGAUGUUGUACGGAACGACGCCGUUUAAGGGCUCGAACCGGAAGGAGACGUUUUUCCGGAUUUUAACUAAACCGCCGAAUCUAGUUGGUGAAACUACGUCGUUGCGGGAUCUGAUUAGAAGAUUGUUGGAGAAAGAUCCUAGCCGUAGGAUUAACGUUGAGGAGAUCAAAGGUCACGAUUUCUUUAGAGGAGUAGAUUGGGAUAGAGUGUUAUUGGUUUCUAGACCGCCGUAUAUUCCGGCGCCGGAGGAUGGUGGUGAAAAGGGUAAAGAUGGAAAUACGAAAAUGGAUGUGGAGGAUAUUGUUCAAGAAAUUUUUGCUGCUCGAGAAGAACGUGAUAAACGGAGCGAUAACCAUAAUAAUAAUGAUGCUAAUAUUAAAACUAAAGGUGGUAAAAAUGGAGAAUGGGUUAAGGGGUUAAAUACUAAUAACGAUUUGGAAAUUGAUAAUCAUUUUUUGGUUUUUUAAUUUAAUUUGUUUUUUUUAAUCAUUUUCGACACUGAGAAAGUUUAAGCUAUAUAUGUGGCUAAUCGGCUGCUACGUGUAAAUAAGUAUACCAAAAGUUGAGAAUUAAAUUUAAAGUAAUGUUUUUGACCAAAAUAAAUAUAAAAAUAAAUAAAUUUAAAUUAAUGUUUGACUUCUUGGCAAGUCAUUUCAAUUUUUUUUUUUGUAAUGCAAGAUUCGUGC